AUGACCACCAAAAGCGCUGUGGAUGUAGCCGAUAGAAGUUCCCCCGGCACUAUUUCGCAGCUCAACAACAAUCAGAGCACCACUUCUUAUACCGAUCAGACUGCCCUACCCAGUCCGCAGCAAAAUCAAGGCCAUCGCGAGCUAUCCACCCCACCAGUAGCUGGAGGACAAAUCAGAGACCGUUAUGUUGCUUUUGCCGACUGGAGUAAACGGAAAAUCCCCAGCACGGGAGUCUUCGGGCCAACCAGUUACCUGGCGGUUCUUAGUGAAAGUGACGAUGCGGUCGCCCGGUCAUCCUCUGAUUUGACACUUUUCGCCAAAUCACUCCAACAUAAUCGAAGCGCCAUCAUCGAUGAUGGGCAGAUUCAGCUUGGAUCGGAACUUCUACUCAUCUUGUUUGAUGACUUAACGCUUUACGAGCGAAUGGCAACCGCUCGGUUCGACCACUGCCAGGGCGACCUCUUUGCUACGCCGGCCUUACGCCUAAUCUUUUCGUCAAUCCGGAAAAUGCUGAACGAAGCCAUCUCGGAUAAAUCCAAUCCACUACCUGAUCUGGUCACACUAUCUAACAGUAUCUUUGCAGCAUCUUCCAAACCUCUCAAUGUGGAUCCGAAUAUGAGUCCAGUGGAAUAUUUCACGGCCAUGCCGAACAGAUGGGAAAUCGUCGGGUUGAUAUUCUCUGUCAUCGGUUCCAGUGCAUGUCUUCUUCCACGACAGGAAUUAAUCGGGUAUUCCGCCUCCAGCAAUUCACCCCUAGAUCGUAAAAGUCUCGCUGCUGUAUGUGUAGCGGCUGGCGAAAUAUGCUUGCGAUUUUGCGAAAAUACCGGACUCAUUACUGAGCAGCUCUGCUGGGUCGUUCUUGAGCAUACUUCAUUGCUUACUCUGUUAUACGGAGAUUAUGAUUAUCGGCCCUGGCAGACCUUCGGCACUCUAUGUACGCUCAUCUUCGCACUCGGUUUCCAUCAGCGAGAAAGCAGUGCGAAGCUCCCGUUCUUCCUUGCGGAACACCGGAAACGGCUUCUCGUUUCCACUUACUGUAUGGAUAAAGAACUAUCCACAUUUCUGGGCCGCCCUCCUCGCAUGAUUCGGCGGUAUACAAAUAUUGAGCUUCCACUCGAUAUGACGUUUGAAGAUAUCAUGGCGCAGCCCGAAGUCCGGGAUUCUGCCAUUGCCAGGCUUGAUCAAGACGGCUGGAAUGCAGAAGGCGUUUGUACUCGGGUGUCGUACGCACGCGCAUCUUUUCUCAUGGGCUCCAUCAGAGAGUCGGUACUGGAACUUUCCAUGAAUCCCGAAAUUGAGAACCUAGAAGAGAAAAUAUCGGAGAUCUGGAGUUUGGCGCAGAAGAUGCGCAGUGACCUACCGCCGACUUUAUGGCGAAUCGGCAGCAUUGAGGAUUUUGAACGAGAACCGGAAGCCAGCAAAGUCUCUCUGUGUCUUCACUUGGAUUAUUUAUAUAAUGGUUUCAUUUUGCAACGAAUCCUUGUGCAGCGGACAAAUAAAGGGCCUGAGAAGCUGAUCAAUGUCGCUCAUGAGUUGUUGAGCAAUCUGCUGCUUCUCAUUGCCAAUCGAUCCUCUGCGGGGGAGGACGUCAACUCGAUAGUGUGGAUUAUCUCAUACGUUGGUCUCCCUUCCGCGGGUGUCCUGGCCCUUGAGCUCCUUCGCCAAUUCCAGAACCCUCACCCCUAUCCAUUAUUUCCACGUUCGGAAAUCAUUCAAAACCUCAGUCGUUUUGCUGCAGACCUGGAACAUACCGUUUGCCGUCAAGCAGGCAAUCAUGAGAUCUGCCAGCAGGCCAGAAAUGUGAUACGACAUAUCCUGGACCGUGUCUUGUCUGGGCCUCCGUCGGGGGCAACCAUGCCUCAUUCCAAUGAGAAUGCUGUUGAGGCUGCGGGAAACAAUACUUCUAAUUUUGUGCCGAUGGAUUGGCUAGCGGGGGAUUUCAAUGCGUGGCUGGAUGAGGAUUCGGAUCUGAUGAAGUGGGUAAAUAGCUUUGAGUAG